AUGCCUGACACACCUCAAACAGAUGCCCAAACGUCCCAACUAAGCGCUGGCCCCAAGGGCAAGCGUCACGACUCGGAUGAAUCUGCGACUCCCCCUUUGUGGCCCAGAACAGAACUACGGGAAGCUAAUCAGGCUCUGCCGGUUGAUUCCCAGUUCAACCGUCUAGAGGCUCACUUGGAAAUGAUUAGGCGAAAUGAAAGGAUCCCCCCUUCUAUAGACGAUCUUGAACGCUUCAAACCAAAGAAUGUGCCUGACAUGCUCCGGAGAGAUUUCAAGGGCUACCGGAAGGUGUAUAAGGAAACUCUUGCGGCUCUCACGAGAUCUUUUACUGCCAACCAGCUUUAUCGCUUCGUGAAGUCAUUAGUGAAAGUUCACAAAGCAUACAAACUCUCUAAAACUGGUUUGAUCCAAGCCAUACUGGAGCGGCACUGGGGAAUGCCUCAACCUGAGGAAGAGGAGAGGAGGCGCCGAGCACUUGUAGAGAUAAGGGAACGGAUAUCCCCCCUCAAGUUGGUGGAAUUGUUCUUGCUGCUGGGGCAAGACGGCUCGGAACUCAAGGCCCUCGCGUCUCGAUUCCGGGUACAGCUUUUUAUCGAGCCAAGGCCUAUAGCGAUUCGAGCGUUGGGCCUGGAAGUUGACCUUUGCAACUUGGCAAAGCAUCUCAGUGCUUUUCGAAAGAGUCUCACAACGGAAGUCUUUUCCUGCAGGCUGAAAUACCGAUUGAGUCCCGAUAUUAUACAGUCAAUGUCCCGCCUCGUCACCACCUUCAUAGAACCCAAGGAACAUGGAAUGUUUAAACUCACAAGCGUGAAUGAGCGAUCCUUGCAAUCGGCUAAAAGGCUCAUAUACCGUGCAUUAAUGGAGCCAAUCUUCCAUCCAAAGGAAGCAAUAAUGGAUGGUUCUCCAUUAUUUGCCCACACAAGCGGAGAGAAGAACCCAGGUUUAUAUCCCCCUCUAUACAGCCUUUUUCCAUUUGUUUCUCCCAGUGCAUUGCCCUGGAACAUGGGGACAUCGAGUGCUUUCCGGUGUCGACAGGUUGGGGAAUGGAUAAUGGGCCAUAAAAUGGGUACCAUUAAGAGCCUGGAUGGGGAAGGUACCUUUCUAUCAUCACAAAUUGAUGGGGAGAUUCACGAGAUCCGAAAAGUGAUAUCAGACUCGGCCCCUUCUGAUGCAUUAAUUCAGCUUACUGCGCGGACGGGGCAUCUGGUUCUGAAACACGGCCAGGUUUCUAGUCAAGUUGAACUUUCUUCUCCACUGCCGGGUUCAUGGCCACUUCCAAGCCUUCUUCAGUGGCUUCGUAAGAAAAAGAAGCCGCGGGUUUUCUUCGUCCCAAGCGCACCGUUGUUGCAGAGAACCUCUGAGAUGGAAAGUUUUGUCUUGGAGCUUAAGUAUUACCUAGUUGUCGAGCCUGGAAACAAAUCCGCGGCAUUAAAUCAGGCUCGAGCUUUUACCUGCCAGAUCCCCCUUUCCAUAUUACCCUCUGUCUUAUCAAAACCCCAAGAUAUGGCAUCUUCAUCGACUCCAGGGUCGGAAUCGCGGCCCCGACUCAGUUUCGGUACCGAGCUCAGACUCGAUUUACUUCUUCCGCACAGACCUCUUGAUCUUCGUAUCAUGGCCACCACCGCUACUCGCGAGGUGAUGGUAGAUCGGUCUCCUGAGUCAUUGAAAGAGUAUAUAGAGGAAGUCGCCAAGUCCCUGUCAUCAUCGGAUCCCCCCGAGCUGCCAGUGCCCCCAGAAUCGCUUCUGAUAGGUGGUCAACGGUACCAUCUCUUCGCACUGCAAACGAUCAAAAAUUCGUUCGCAUAUGCUCUGACUGGUGGCCAGCAAAGCAUUGGACACGAUGAAUGGCCCGAGCUCUCUGACUUCAAACGUCGUAUUGGGCAUGAAGCGCAGGUUUCCAUUCCAACAGAGGUGGAGGACAUCGUUGAUCUAGAAACAGAGACGCAGUCAUCCGUCUGUCUGGUCUCAUGUCCAAACAUCCGAGAUGACACUCAAUGGAAGAAAUUUCUGCGAGACUGCGACCAUCUGACUUUGCAAAUAUACCAAGCGGUACCCGCUGGACAGAGAGCUCCGUCUCUGUCUUCCGUCGAAGCCUAG